GUGGCGCAGCAAGAUAGCCGUUGGAAAUGAAAAGCUUCGGGGACGAGGGCGGACGCACUGGGACGGUUUCCGGGUUUCCCUUCCUGGGCUGGGACAGCGGCAAGAGGCAAAAAGCUCCUUCUGAUUAACAAUAUUUCAAAGUUACGCUCAGCAGGCUCAUCAGACAUCCAGUAAACAGUAGUGAUGUCUCAGUCUGGAGAGAAAGGGAAGUUCCCAGAUGCAGCAGGUUAUGUAGGGUUUGCCAACCUCCCAAACCAAGUGCACCGAAAGUCAGUGAAAAAAGGUUUUGAAUUUACCCUAAUGGUUGUAGGGGAGUCUGGUUUGGGCAAAUCGACACUUAUAAACAGCCUGUUUCUCACUGAUCUCUACCCUGAGCGCUACAUCCCUGGUGCUGCAGAGAAGAUUGAGAGGACGGUGCAGAUUGAGGCAUCAACUGUGGAGAUCGAGGAGAGAGGAGUAAAGCUUCGCCUCACCGUGGUCGACACCCCUGGAUACGGCGAUGCCAUCAACAGCCAGGACUGCUUCAAGACCAUCAUCCAGUACAUUGACAAUCAGUUUGAGCGAUACCUCCAUGAUGAGAGCGGGCUGAACCGAAGACACAUAGUGGACAACAGGGUGCACUGCUGCUUCUACUUCAUAUCCCCAUUUGGACACGGUCUAAAGCCUCUGGAUGUGGAGUUUAUGAAGGCCAUCCACAGCAAAGUCAACAUAGUCCCAGUCAUUGCCAAGGCUGACACACUGACGCUGAGGGAGAGGGAUCGUCUGAAGAGGAGGAUCCUGGACGAGAUCGCAGAGCACGGGAUCAAAAUUUAUCAGCUACCUGACGCCGACUCUGACGAGGACGAGGAGUUCAAGGAGCAGACCAGAGUCCUGAAGGCCAGCAUUCCCUUUGCUGUGAUUGGCUCCAACCAGCUGAUUGAGGUGAAGGGGAAGAAGAUCCGUGGUCGUCUCUACCCCUGGGGAGUUGUUGAAGUGGAGAACCCUGAGCACAAUGACUUCCUCAAACUACGCACCAUGCUUGUGACCCACAUGCAAGACCUCCAGGAGGUAACUCAGGAUCUGCAUUAUGAGAACUUCCGCUCAGAGAGGCUGAAGACAGCGGGCAGGGCUGUGGAUGAGGAUGUGGUGGAUAAGGACCAGAUCCUGCUACAGAAAGAGGCUGAGCUGAGACGCAUGCAGGAGAUGAUCGCUCAGAUGCAGGCACAGAUGAAGAUGAAAUCAGACGAGUGAAAGGGAAGCACGGUGAUCCCAGACCCCCAACACACACACACACACACACACACACACACACACACACAUACACACACACACGGCCCUCCCUGCCUGCUGCUGCCUUGCAGAUCCACCAGGAGUCCAGGAUCACAUCAUCUUUAUCUGCACACCACCGACACUUCUUCCUUUUCUUCUUUUUCUUCUUCCCUCCAAACAUCCAUCCAUCAGCUGUUCAGGAGCUCGCCACUGAUAUUUUUUUAUUUUUCUUCAUAAUCUUGUCAAGACUCCACAUCUAAAUCUUGCUGAUGGUCCUAUUUUGUGGGUACAAGUUUGCUGAGCGGGCCUGGGCGAGAUUUUAAAAAGUGUGAGCAUGAAAAUGUUUAAAUACUGGAUGAUUAUCAUUGACAUGUUCGUUAUGUAGUGUUUGAUCUUAAUUAUGGUACACAGAGCUUCCAGUGACAACGGUACUAAGAUGUUUUGCCAUCACACUAACAUGUUUACAAAAAUAUAUGUACGAAUCAUGCAUUUUGUUCAAGUCCAAGCUUCAGAUGGCACCAUUUUCCAUUUAUUUUCUUAUCAGGUUGAGACAGUUUUUAACAUAUUUUAACUUUAAAAGUAAAAAACUGUUUGCUUCUCGUGUUUUCUAUUAGCUUAUGAGUGAUUCAUUAGCCCAUCCCCUUUACCUCUGGAUGGUUUUAGACCAUCAGUGUCUUCGGUGCUUCAGUCUGAUAAUGCAAUAACUAUAAAUAUUACCACAGUGGUAAUUGUUGUUAUGAGGAAAAUAUUUGUCCUUAAUUGUUAAACUAGAAGCCUUAUUUUGUAGUCAACACUACAAACUUAAUUCUAGCCGUUUGUUUGGCUUUUAGGCUGGAAAUCUACAUGCCAAGUAAUCAAACUAAUAGCACCUGGUUAUAAAGAGAAACAACCAGACUUUAGGAUCAUUUUAUAGUUGAAUAAAAGUGCCAUGUUGUUAAUAUUUUUGUAUUUAUCAUCAAGAACUGCUUGAUCUUAAUGUCAGUGCCAAACUGCAACUGCAGACUAAAAACGAUUCAAACCUUUCAGUCCAGUAACUUAAUGUGUCCAGAUUUGCUCCAGUUAAAUGUGCAAAAUGGUCUGUUUGUACACUACAUGUGCUGUCUUUCAUCAUACUGUAUUUGAGCUUUCCCAUUUAAAAAAUCAAUUACUAUAAUAUUUAACUGUUGUAUGUGUAAACACCCUCCAGCCUUCUGUGAGUAGCAACAAAACAUCCUAACUUUUCUUCAGCAGUGUCAUCUAUCUAUCUGUGCUGUCAUUGAUGUGUCAUUGGCAUUAUUUUGUUUUUCUGUCUUUUGCUCUCAUAUGCAAAUGUGUUUGUUGAAUUCAUUAAGACAAACAUAAUUAUUAUUACUUAACCAUAUCUCAGUAAAGACUUGUUUUUAGACGUCAA